UUAUUUUUGUUCAGUGGACUGCUGUCCUGUCCACUGACCCUCACCCUGCUGCUUUUGCUGGAUCUGAGCUUGCUUGUUUGGAAUAAAACACCCUUUUUUCUUCCUGUGGACCGGUACAUUUCUGCUGGUGAGUGGGUAAAGUAAAGGGCAGCCAUUGUAAGUUGGCGGAGCGGCCCGUCGGGAUGUCAGGAUCAGUACAAGUGACUCAGAAGCAGCAGCAGCUGCUGCAGCUGCAUCAACAGCUGGAGGAGAAGCAGCACUUUGAGAGCAGCUAUUACCUGAGCACCAGGUCGUCUGUUAGCAAGCAGGCCUUCUCCUCUCACAAGACCAGCAGCCAUCGCCGGAAGGUGUCUGUAAAGACAGCGAAGGGGCAGGAGGUGGUUAAACUGAGCCCGCUACCCAAAAGAGCCAAACGCACCUAUCUGGCGAUGGACAAGGACAAAGAAGUAAUAGGCUACGUCAUUCCUGUAUUUAGAGCAAACCAUGACGUAGUUCGGGGUCUGAUGGAGGCUCAGGAGGAGGAUGUUGCAGAGGAGGGCAUUAACUAUGUGGCCAUGAGGAACCUGUUUGUCAGGGAGGCCAGGGAGUCCGUGGAUGUUAAGGUUGAGAAGAAAACAAGGACGAAGCAUGUCAGGGAAUCGGCAGAGCGCCUGCAAUUUGACAGAACGAUGGAGGAAUGGUCGGAGUUUCGCAAGAAGAUGCACCCAGAUAGGCUGACGCACCCUCCGGAGUUUAUUGUCAAGCCCCGCGGACAGACCGCGUGGGAGGGCAAUACGGUCAGGCUGCACUGCACCGUGGCCGGAUGGCCCAAACCAAGGAUUGCUUGGUACAAAAACAAUGUGCUCAUUGAUGCCAAGGCCCACCCUGAGAAGUACACAGCCGAAAGCAUUUACAACAUGCACUCCCUGGAGAUCAAGAAUUGCGAUUUCUUGGAUACUGCUCAGUAUUAUGUCUCCGCUCUCAAUGUGAAAGGGGAAGCUUCCUCGGCAGCUACUGUUGUUGUCAAAAGGUUUCAAGAUGGUACAGAGGAAGGCCCAUUUGAUCCCAAACCACACGGUUUUUGCCCCGAACAUGGUGUUACUUUUGAGACAAGCAUCAUUGACAAAUUUGAAGUGGCCUUUGGUCGUGAGGGGGAAACACUGAGUCUGGGCUGCACUGUCAUCAUUUAUCCCACUGUGAAAAAGUACCAGCCUGAUGUGGUGUGGUACAGAAACUCUACGCCGUUGAAGCCCUCUAAGUGGGUGCACACCCACUGGUCUGGGGAACGCGCCACUCUCACUCUCACCCACCUUAACAAGGAAGACGAGGGCAUGUACACCCUGCGCGUCAACACAAAAUCCGGCUUUGACACCUACUCAGCCUAUGUGUUUGUCAGAGACGCUGAUGUGGAGGUGGAGGGGGUUCCUGUGGCCCCCCUAGAUGUGCGCUGCCACGAUGCCAACAAGGACUAUGUGGUGGUCACCUGGAAGCAGCCAGCAGUGGAGGGCAGCAGCCCCAUCCUCGGAUACUACAUUGACAGGUGUGAAGUGGGCAACCAUCACUGGGCCCAGUGCAAUGAUGCCCCGGUCAAGUACGCCCGCUUCCCUGUAACCGGACUGGUGGAGGGACGGUCUUAUGUCUUUAGGGUGCGUGCCUUCAACAAGGCGGGAGUCAGUCGCCCAUCCCGCGUCUCCGAGCCUGUGGUUGCCAUGGAUCCUUCAGACAGAGCACGCCUCAGAGCCGGGCCCCUGGCACCUUGGACUGGGGUGAUCAAGUUCACAGAAGAGGAACCUACUGUGGGUGUUGUUCCUGGAGAACCUGCUGAUGUUGUGGUCACAGAGGCCACCAAGAGUUAUGUGGUGCUUGCCUGGAAGCCCCCAGAGCAAAGGGGUCAUGAAGGAGUCAUGUAUUACAUUGAAAAAUGUAUUCAAGGGACAGACACCUGGCAGAGAGUGAACAGCGGGAUGCCAGUGAAGUCUCCACGCUUUGCCGUCUUUGACCUGGCGGAGGGUAAAUCGUACAACUUCCGCGUGCGAUGCUGCAACUCCGCCGGCGUGGGCGAGCCCUCUGUACCCACCGGAGAAAUCAUUGUCGGCGACAAACUUGAUCUUCCUUCUGCUCCAGGCAGUCCGGUAGCCACCAGGAACACUGACACCUCAGUAGUUGUCACCUGGGCGGCAUCGAAGGAUGUCAAGCACUUGGUUGGCUACUACAUUGAAACAAGCGUGGUGGGCACUGAUGUGUGGAUGCCUUGCAACAAUAAACCUGUCAAGCAGACCAGGUUUGUGUGCCACGGCCUCACCACAGGGUCCAACUACGUGUUCAGAGUAAAGGCGGUGAAUGCGGCCGGAUACAGCCAGAACUCCUCCAAUUCUGAUGCCGUGGUUGUGCUGGCCGCCAUCUCUGUACCUGCAAGUCCCACCAAUGUGACCCUGUUGGAAGCUGUGAAGGACUACAUGGUGCUGGGUUGGACAGCACCCACUAACAACGGGGGAGCAGAUAUCAGAGGAUACUUUGUGGACUACAGGACAGUAAAGGGAAGCGUUUAUGGAAAAUGGCAUGAAAUGAACGAAAAGGCUCUCACAACAACUUCCUUUAAGGCCGAGAACCUGAAGGAAAACGUUUUCUACCAGUUCCAAGUCCGUGCAAUGAACAUGGCAGGCGUGAGCAACCCCUCUGUGCCCAGUGUGGGUUUUGAGUGCAAGGAAUGGACCAUUACUAUCCCAGGACCCCCUGUUGGUCUGCAUGUGCUUGAGGUUCGUGACACCUCUGUGGUGGUCUUGUGGGAACCCCCUGUGUUUGAUGGACGCAGUCCUGUCAAUGGCUACUACUUGGACAUCAAGGAGGCCUCUGCAGGCGAGGCAGGCUGGAAGGCUGUUCAUGAGAAGACCAACAAGAAAAAGUUCAUGAAGGUGACUGGGCUGGUGGCAGGAACAUCUUACGUCUUCCGAGUGCGUGCUCAGAAUCUUGUUGGAGUUGGGAAUCCCUCCGCAAAUGUGGGUCCAAUUCUGGCCCAGACACGCCCUGGCACCAAAGAUAUUUAUGUGGAUGUUGAUGACAACGGUGUAAUUUCUAUGGUCUUCGAGUGCUCUGAGAUGAAGGAAGGCUCUCACUUUGUUUGGUCCAAGAAUUACCAGGAGAUCACAGACACAUCUCGCCUGACUAUCGUCACCGAAGGGGGCAAAUCCAGAGCUAUAUUUAACAGUCUCUCUCUGGAGGAUCUGGGCACCUUCUCCUGUAUGGUCACCAACACUGAUGGCGUUUCCUCCAGCUACACUCUCACCGAGGAGGCCCUCCUGCGUCUCCUGGACCUUAGCCAUGAACACAAGUUCCCUGUUAUUCCCUUCAAGAAUGAAAUGGCCAUGGAGCUGCUCGAGAAAGGCCGAGUGCGGUUCUGGGCUCAGCUGGAGAACUUCACUUCUGCCUGCCAAGUGGAGUAUGUCUUCAAUGAUGUCAUCAUUGAGCAAGGAAAGAAGUACACGAUGAAGUUCGACAAGACCACCGGCCUUGUCGAGCUAUUUAUGGACUCUCUGGAGGUCACAGACGAAGGAACAUUUACCUUUAACCUGGUGGAUGGCAAGGCUAAGGGCACUACAAGUCUAGUGCUAAUUGGAGAUGAAUUCAGAGAACUACAAAGGAAAUCUGAGUUUGAGAGGGCAGAAUGGGUCAGGAAACAAGGUCCUCACUUUGUUGAGUACCUUGGCUUCACUGUCACUUCAGCUUGUGAUGUGCUGUUAAAAUGCAAGAUUGGAAACAUCAAACCAGAGACUGAGAUCAUAUGGUCCAAGGACUGCAUUGAAAUUGCUGAGGAUGAUGAGGGUGCUGAGAAAAUCGAGAAAAAGGACAGUGAGCUGACCUUUAAUAUUGGAAAGUGGAUUAAUAAGCAAGAGCAAAAGAAAGGAGGAAAAAAACCAUCUGCAAAGGACGCACCCCUGCCGCCAAGACCUAAAAUCUCCAAGCAAGACGCAGGCAUUUACGAGGUCUUCCUGAGAGAUGAGAGAGGAAAAGAUAAGAGCGCCUUCAAUCUGACAGAAGCAGGAUACCAAGCUGUAAUGAAUGAGCUGUUCAGAGUUAUUGCCAAUUCUUCCUGUGACAUCCAAAUUCACAGUACCGAACAUGGCAUCAUCCUCUCCUCCAACGUCACAUAUUAUGAUGAAAACCUGCGUGUCGGUUGGCUUCACAAAGAUGCCAAGAUCGCAGCUUCAGAGAGGGUAAAGUCCGGCGUCACAGGGGAGCAACUUUGGCUUAAGAUCAAUGAACCCACCGAGAAGGACAAGGGCAAAUACACGAUGGAUAUCUUUGAUGGCAAGGACGGCGUGAAGAGAGUCUUGGAUCUGAGCGGCAAGGCAUGGGAGGAGGCGUUUGAGGAAUUCCAAAGGCUCAAAGCGGCAGCAAUUGCAGAGAGAAACCGAGCUCGUGUUGUUGGAGGCUUGCCAGAUGUGGUCGCAAUCCAAGAAGGCAAGUCCCUAAACCUGACUGGCAACGUGUGGGGCGAGCCCACGCCUGAGGUGUGGUGGGUGAAGAACGACAAGGAGCUGGUGUCUGACGAGCGCUACAAGCUGAAGUUUGAGCAUGGCAAGUUUGCCAGCAUCACGAUUGCCGCCGUCACCACGGCCGAUUCUGGCAAAUACGCUCUUAUGGUGAAGAACAAGUACGGCAAGGAGGCCGGGGAGUUCACCGUCAGCGUGUACAACCCUGAGGAGGAGGGCAAAGAGGAGAAGAAAGACUAAAUUUCAGAAAGAUAAUGGAGAUAAUCCACUGAGCUGUCUCUAAGUAAUAUUAUCAAGGCACGUGCUGGUGCAAUAAAGCUGUUAAAUGAAUCGUGCAUUAAUUCUCAUGCUUCUUGCAUAUUCCAAGCUUGGGAGCUUUUAAAAUGCUUCGACCAAAAAGGGAAAAUUCAAAACAAAGAAAGUACUUUUGUCCUUGUAGUUGCAUGGCAUGACUUCCGUCUUGUGAGCUCUCUAUCAGCGGAUUAUAUAUGAAAGUUGAACUCUAAAAUUGCAAUUAGAAAAAGUCUACAAAUUCUAUUAAAGUAUUACACUUGGUUUA